UCCAUCGGGCCUCGUGCCGCCGUCGUGGCCCUCCAUGGGGGUGGAUGGAUCCUCGGCCAGGGCACCGACAAUGCGCGCUGGGCAUGUGCUGUCAUGACCUCGCUGGAUGCCGUCGUCUUCACUGUCAACUAUCGCCUGGCCCCCAAUUACCCCUUUCCGACGCCCAUUGAGGACUGCGUCGAUGCCAUCCUGCAGAUCGCGAAGCGCGCUGCGCAGUUUGGCAUUGACCCCAAUCGUAUGAUCCUCUCGGGCUUCUCCGCAGGUGCCACCACAGCCCUCUCCAGCUGGCUCAUUCUGAAAGAGCCUGCGCGCUGGAACUACACGCUGCCAUUCGCCGUCCCCCGCAUCACUGGUCUCGUGCUCUUCUAUCCAGGCCUGGACUGGACAAUCAACAGGGCAGACAAGAGGCUGAGUUGCUCCCGUCCCGAUCUCACCUUGUCCAAGGGCCUGACAGACCUCAUCGAUGCCUCUUACGUCUAUCCUCCUAUUCCUCGUCACGAGCGUGCCGACCUGAGGCUCUCUCCUGGUUUGAUGCCGGAUGAGCUCAUCAAGAAUCUGCCGCCCGUCCAUCUAUGCUUAUGCGAAUAUGACAUGCUUCUCGCCGAGGGCCUCCGCUUCUCAGAGAGACUAAAAUCCCUGAAGAAGACGGUAACUGUCCGUGUCGUCGCCGGGGAAAAGCAUGCAUGGGACUGCCCUCCGCCAAUGGUGCAGAAGGAGAGCGUCGAGGUUGAAUACGGAGAGGCGACCCAGGCCAUGGCCAAUUGGUUGGGUCAGGAGCACGACACGGACCGGGAGUCGAUGCGGUCCAUGAAGACGAAGCGUCUGCGGAUCCCCCGGCCCAGUCUCAUGGCCUUUCGGUCGAAAUCA